GCCUGGAGACAGACAGAAGUGGAGUACUGUACUUAUCGAUAUUUUUCGUUUUACUAGUGAGUUUAUAAUUGUCGAAUGCACGGAAUAAAGACCGUGAACCUCAUCUUUUAUUUCAGCAAGUUUCAGUCACAAGGAACAAAUUUAGGCCAUUGUUCCCUUGACCAAUCAUCCCUGCUAAGAGAAAAAGGGUAGGAAAGCUGAGAUCUUUAACCAUAGCGUCCGCUUUCCCUACCCCGGCUACUGGUAUUUGAAUCCGUGGAUUAGCCAAGGCCUGUGAGAAAAAUUUUGUAUCUUUUUUACUGAGUUUGCGUGGAGACCAAUCUGGUUCCAAUUAAAGAGGAAUUUCUGCUGAUAAAAAGCAGUGAAAGCAUCAGAGUGUGGAACAGGGGAGAUGAGUACUCUGUUCCUUCUGUGUUUCUUUUGGUGAUUUCGGUGGUGGGAUUGAGAGAUUCCUGGAGCGGAAGAGCUGGAUUUAGACUUUCGUUUUUUUUUAGUUAAUGAGCUUUUGGCUUUAUUGGUGUCUGAGAGAUAUGGAUUCGAUCGUGGUUUAGAAGUCUUCUGCAGGAAUUUGAUUCCCUAUUGGAACGUUACAACACAGAAAAAAAAAAAAAAGAGAGAGGAGGGAUUUUGAUGGAUUUGGGAGAUUUCACAAGGUUGGAGAAGAUCUAAACUUCCAACUUCGUGUUUAAUUACUGUUCAAGUGAGAAGGAUUGGAUCGUUUUACAGAGAAAGAUUGGAUCUUGGUUGGAAAUAUUCGACACCGGUUAGAGUAGGCGCUGAUAAGCUCAACUGAUGUUCGCUGGUUUGCAGCUUCUCAUUGCUACUAGAUUGGGUCCAACAACUGGUGAGGAGAAUGUAAACAACUUCUUUGGGUAAUCCAAGGAGUGAGCCUUAGAAAACAGCAAAUGGAAGGGCCAACUGAAUCCCAUUCUAUCUCUGGAGUCUAACUGAAAAAAAGUCAUCAGCUUCAGCUAUCAUGCCUCUCUCCGAGUACCAUCGGCUGACGGCAAGGGAUAAGCCGGAAGCCACACAAUCAAGAGGGAACAACUGCUCAUCUGAUCUAUUCUCCAUGCCUGAUCAUGAAUUUGCUGAGCUACUGUGGGAGAACGGCCAGGUUGUGAUGCAGAGCCAUUCCAGCGGGCCUAGGAAGAGCUCCUUCCCCACUAGUUUUUCUCCCCAUGCUACCGGAGUCGAAGAGAAGGAUCGAAGAGAUGCCAUCGGUCCGAAGGCUUCGAGGUUUUAUGCAAUGGACCCAAUGGUUAGUGACUUCUCGCCAUCGGGACCUUCUGCCCACAUUGGUGUCAAUGCUCAAGAUGAUGAUAUGGUCCCAUGGAUCAAUGACCCUACCGAGGAACCUCUCGCAGAUGAUACUCCCCAGAACGAUUACUGCUUGGAGUUCUUGAAUGAAUUCAUGGGGGCCACUCUGAAUCCUCAUUCUACCUGCAGCAAACCCAUGCCGUCCGACAGAAGCUGUGGCUUAGGCCAACAUGCUUCAAAAGCACUUACAGAGAGUAAAAGUUCAGAGCCUCGUAGAGUUAGGACUAGCCAAUUGUUUCAAUUGUCGCAGCAUUGCCAGAGUUCAGCUCCAAGUUCCAAAUCAGGAGUGAUAGACAAAGGGAUCGGUGAUGCUGCUAAAACCCAUUUGCAGACCAAAAAUCCUGCAGGUCCGAAGCCACUGCAGCUGAAUGGUAGUAGCAUGCUGAAUUUCUCCCAUUUUUCAAGACCCGCUAUGCCUGCGAAGGCCAAUCUCCAUGGUGCUGACAGACCUAGAAGCAAUGAGAAGGUGUCCCCUCCCUCGAAUAGCAAUCUUGUGGAGUCGACAUUGAUCGAGUCCAUGAGCGGUUUUAAGAGUGCUACUGGGGUUGGAGGCAGAUCAACUUCAGGUCCUCCCAAGAUGGAGGUGCAGUCCUCUGCUCAGCCUCCCCAAGAGGUGAUCUCUGUCGAGCAUUCGGAGUCUAUUUGGCAACAAGAUGCUUCAACGAAAAAUAGUACACAUAUCCUAACUAAUAAUUGUAGUAAACCGCCUGAUCAGCUCGCAAGCUCGAGUGUCAUGGCAAGUGUGGCCUUAAGAAGGCAAGAAACUGAAAAGGCUCCUGCAGCAGUUGUUGCUUCUUCUUCUGUGUCUUCCGCUAAUAGUGCAGGAGCAGCGUCCAAUGAUCCAAAACAACGAGAAAAGAGGAAAAGCCUCGAAGGAGACGAAUCGGGGUACCAGAGUGAUGAUUUUGAAGAUGUGUCAGUGGAGUUAGAAAAACCUGCAACGGGGCGAGGGAUAAGUGCAAAGAGAAGUCGCGCUGCAGAAAUACAUAAUUUAUCAGAAAGAAGGCGAAGGGACAGGAUUAACGAGAAAAUGCGUGCACUACAGGAGCUUAUACCCAACUGCAACAAGGCGGACAAAGCUUCGAUGCUUGAAGAGGCCAUCGAGUAUCUUAAGACGCUUCAGAUGCAAGUUCAGAUCAUGUCCAUGAAUAGUGGUCUAUGCAGGCCUCCAAUGUUGCUACCUCCUGGUAUGCAGCAUAUGCAUGCACCAGCCAUGGCUCGUUUUUUGCCAAUGGGCGUAGGGAUGGGAAUGGGUAUGGGAUUUGGCUAUGGGAUGGGAAUGUAUGACAUGAAUUGCUCCCCAAGUUGCUCAAUGAUCCCUGCACCGCCCUUUCAUGGACCUCAGUUCCCCUGGCCCUCAAUUCCAGGGCCUCUGGGCUUGCAUGGCAUGCCUGGAUCUGUCAAACAUCAGAUGUUUGGAGUCCCAGAGCGGGGUAUCCCUUCAUCGAUGCCUCGGUCAUCCUCAUCGGGACUUUCUGUUAAGGCAAACUCAGUACCUGAGAUUACAACACCAAUGACUUGUGCAAUUCCGGCUUCAGAAGCAGCUCCUGCUUCAAUUUCUGAGGAUCAGCAGCACCAAAACAUAGAUACAUUACAAAGAUCAAACAUCGACAACUCACAGAUGCAGAAUCCUAAUCAGUGAAGGAACCAUUUUAGCAACUAUUUUGGUGAAGAUGAGUAACAAAUUCGUUGCAUACCAGGAAAAAUGGAUUGCUCAACUUUAUCACUGAAAGUGGGAUUAAACAAGGAGUGAGUGCAGAAAUGUUCAGGUUUUGGUCAGCACUUUAAUCAAGUACAAGAUCCUGAAUUUUCUAGUCAUACAGACUACGGUUGACAAAUUUGUGGCACUGCCUGAUUGAGAUGAGAAGCACGCAAAAUUUCUCUGAAGGCACAACUUCUGAAGUCAUCCACCAUGUGAAAAUUCUUGUUUUGAUACAAAGACACUUCAAAAUACCUAGAGAAGGUGUUUAUGGCUCUGUAAGCAUUUCUGACUUGAUGUAACUAUGAAUAAUCUUCAUCAAAUUCUUUUUUUUAUUUAUUAUUUAUUUAGAGCACUGCUACUUCAUGCAA